GGAAAAUCUGUGCCUGCCCAGCGGAGAGGGCUCUCUCGCGCAGCACCGCAAGCCGAGAGGGAGUCAGCAAGAGUCGGUACGGCCCAUGCUCGCAGAGGACCGUGCCCCACCCAGCGCUGGGAUGGGGGGGGCCUGCGUUACACCCUCGCAACCAAGCGAAGUCAGCCUGGCAUGCUCGGGGCGCAGCUGGAGGAAGUAGGCGCGGAGAGCAGCCAGCCUGUUGCUGGGCGGCGCACAGCGAAGUGGUUCUGUAACACGCAGGGGGAGGGGAGAAAUUGCUCCGACUGUAGGUGUAGCCCCGCCGAGAUCCCACUCCUCGUCGCAGCGCUGCGGCCGCAGGAACCGGCCGGAGGGGAACCGGCCUGUGCGCUAUUACGUCACCCCCGCCCCUCCCCGCGGCGGGGAAUUUCCCGCGGGGAGGAGCGGCCAAGGUAGGGCCAGGAACAGCUGAGUCGGAGCAGCAGGAGGGCGCGGAGCUGCCGCCGCCGAGAGUCCCGGGCUGAGCGCGCGUGCGGAGCGGGCACCAUGGCUGGUGGGUCUGAACCCUGCGUAGAAAUAUUCGAGCAACCCAGGCAAAGAGGCAUGCGUUUCAGGUACAAAUGUGAGGGAAGAUCAGCAGGCAGCAUUCCAGGAGAACGCAGUACCGACAGCAAUAAGACAUAUCCCUCUGUAGAGGUUCUGAACUUUGAUGAUAAAGUGAAAGUAAGGAUUACAUUAGUGACAAAGAAUGAGCCCUACAAGCCGCAUCCUCAUGACCUGGUUGGAAAAGACUGUAGGGAUGGCUACUACGAAGCAGAAUUUGGACGAGAUCGCAGAGUCCUAUCUUUUCAGAAUUUGGGCAUUCAGUGUGUUAAAAAGAGAGACCUGAAAGAAUCAAUCUGUUCACGAAUCGCAAGAAAGAUCAAUCCAUUCAGUGUGCCCGAAGAACAGCUGCUCAAUGUUGAUGAGUAUGACCUCAAUGUCGUGAGACUCUGCUUUCAGGUGUUCCUCCCUGAUGAACACGGCAAUUGUACGUUACCACUUCCUCCUGUCAUCUCCAACCCUAUUUAUGAUAACCGGGCUCCCAACACAGCAGAGUUGAGAAUCUGUCGUGUGAACAAGAACUGUGGAACUGUAAAAGGAGGAGAUGAAAUAUUUCUACUGUGUGACAAGGUUCAAAAAGAUGAUAUAGAAGUCAGAUUUGUCUGGAAUGAGUGGGAAGCCAAAGGUAGUUUCUCACAAGCUGAUGUACACCGUCAAGUCGCUAUUGUAUUCAAAACCCCACCAUUUUACGAAGACAUCUCUGAACCAGUUACGGUAAAGAUGCAGCUGCGAAGGCCUUCUGACCAGGAAGUCAGUGAGUCAAUGGAUUUCAGAUAUCUACCAGAUGAAAAAGAUCCUUAUGGUAAUAAAGCAAAAAGGCAAAGGCAAAUAUCAACAUUGACUUUGCAAAAGCUCAUCCAGGAAUAUGGUCCCAGUGUGUCCGAGAGGCCCAAAGCAGCUCCAUUCCGGUCUAUCCCUGGCGAAGGGCGGGUAAUUAAGAAAGAACCAAAUAUGUUUUCUCAAACUGCAAUUAUGCCGCUGCAGAGAACUCCUGUAAGCACCAGUCAAAUUCCGUCUUAUUAUUCCCCACCCACAUGCAAUUCAAAUCCAAUCCCACAUCACCAUACAAAUGUGCAGGCCGUGGGACCGGUUAAGCAUGAUGAAGCUCUUUCUUCAUGUUGGCAUUCCCUGUGCUCCUCUUCUUCAUCGGGCAACACAGUUAAUACACAGACAGAGAACAGUUUUGUGAUGGAUGCACUUAACCCUAACCCACAAAACAGCAGUUCUCUCUCAGCUCUUCCUGAAAAUGUUCUGAACUGGACUGAUCAGAAGGAUCUAAACUACUAUCGAGAUUUCGCCAGCACAAAUGGUAUAGGAGCAUCAGCGAUGUCACAGCAAGACAUGCAGAAUGUCUCUGAUAGCAGCAUCAUGCAUCAGGCUCAUGCCAUAAACGUCACAGCACCCAGCAUUGUUAACAUGGAGACUGAUGAAAUGGGAUGCAUGAGCAUGAACGUAGAAGAGGCAUCAUUUAAUCAAGUUUUAAAUCCAAGUGAUCACAGAAGGCAAAUCCAUCAGGUGCCUUCUACCAGUACAUCUCUAGCAGCUUCUUGUAGCUCAUCUUUUAGUUCACAGUCCAAUGCAUUUCAUUCAGCUGCGUACAAUUUCCUAGACCCUCAAGUUGUGAACGAAUCAAGGCCACCCAGCACUCUUAUCCAGAAUAAUCAAAAUAGUGCUUCCAAUAGCCAGUACUACACAGGUGGGACCCAAGGUGAAGAAGAGCUUUUGAACUCCUUUGGAGCCACUUUAGAGGCUAUAUUGCAGAGCUUCAACCACUGAGUCUCUGUUUUGUUGUCAAUCUGAAAACCAGUAUCCAAAGUUUCUUUCGUGGCCAGAGACAGACAAUUGAUAUGUAAUUGAAUAUUCCUAUUCAUAGUUACUGCUGUGGGAGCCUGGCUUUUCCUCUUGGAAUGUUUAUCAGGGCAACUUAUUAUGCACAUUUCAGACUAUAAUUAGGGUGGCUGAUCAAGGGUUGAUGCCACAUUAAAGGCGACAUUAGGGAAUAGGGUUUGGGAAUUUGUACAUCCAAAGAACCCCAAAGAUACAUUCACAUAAUUUUCUUUCAGUGUUGGAAAGGGAUAGUGAAGGGGGCUGCUAGGUGCUAAAGACCUCCUGCACUCAGCAGAAGCUCACCCCUGGAAACAGUGAGGCCAAGUUUAUAUAAUUUAUAUAUAAUAUAAAAUUAUAUAUAAAUAUAUAAUAAUAUAUAUAUAUUAUAAUUCAGAGGGGCCAAGUUUAUAUAAUUUAAGGGAAAGAACUAGCUGGAAACAAAAACAGUGUUGCUCCAUACAAAAUUAAUAUAAACUUGCUAAAUAACAAACCAGACAAACCCAGGAACUGUCCUGCUGGUGCACAGCAGUGGCCCAUUUAGUCCCCUUAAUAUUUUCUUCUUACCUGACAGUGCUGUCUCAACAUUUUUAUAUAUACAUUUUUAUUGCUAAACUUAGCUUAUGCACUGAUCUUUUUUACAUUUAUAUGUUCACUCCAUUUGCUUAGAAAGCAAAUUAUUCUUAAAAAUGGUAAUGACUAUGUCAUUGUUAAGUCUAUUUAAAAAUAUUAGAAUGUUCCCUGGAAUUCUUAAAUAGUGCAGCUAUGGUGUGACAUGAAUUGUUGAACAAAGAAGCAAAACUACUUUGCACUGUUCUCUCAGUAUUUUUUUUUUUUUUUUACUCUAACGUACUGGAUGUUUUAUGAAUAGUAGCAGGGGAUUGGUACUAUAAGGAAUACACUUUUUGGGGUUUCAUGUGUUUGUUCUGAAUUUCAUAAAAUAUACUGGGUUAGAUCCUCUUACAUGGCACCUCCUUUCUGGUGACUUUGGGCUAGUCGAGAAGCUGGCUACCCAAACACAAGCAGCUGAGAGUCCUCUUGCUGAGGAGAGUCCUGGGUGCCAUAAAGCUAGCAUUGCAACCUCUGCACGACCUACUUCUGGCUCCUGGCAUCGCAGGGGUAAAGGGAAGGUGUGGCCAAAACAUGCUGUGCUCUGGACACCCAGAAUGAUUCCACGCUGCUAAUUAGGAUCCCCAUCUGCACCCUGAAUGAGGGGCUGUGCCCUACCCCCUUAGCCCCAUAGGUUGUCAAGCAUAACUCAGGCACCUGUGAGGAUCUAGCCCAUAAAUGAUAUUUCUUUGUGGGGUUUUGGGGUUAUCUUGUUUUGGUUUUUAUAGCAUCAAGUUCUCUAAUCAGAUACAUUCACUUUUUUUAAAGCUAUUUAAACAGUCUCCUCCACUGCCAAAGGUAUCACUAAACUUUUAAAACUCAUGUAAGUCUAUUUACUGACUGGAGAACAGAUCUCAUUGACUCCCAGAUGCAAUAAUAAAUAACUCUGAUUCAGAGCAAUAAUUUGAAGGGUGUAGGUCAGGCGUUUUCAACCUGUGGUCUGCGGACCUGCAAAUUAGGUCAAAGGGCUGGUCUUCAGUACGGGGAGAUCAACGCUGCUGCAAUCGAUGACAGAGCGCUCUUUGGUCAACCCUGGCACUCCACCUCUGAGAGAAGAGUAAGGGAAGUCGACUGGAGAGCGUCUAUGAUCAACGCAGCUCAGUGAAGACACUGGGGUAAGUUGACCAAAGCUAUGUCGACUCCAGCUUUGUUUACGUAGCUGGAGUAGCGUAACUUAGGUUGACUUACCCCGGUAGUGAAGACAAGCUCUAAGAUUUCCAAAGGGGUCCGCACCUCUAUUUGAAAUUUUUUAGGGGUCCCACAACUGAAAAAAGGUUGAAAACCACUGGUGUAGGUGAUUAUGCACCUCCAGUCGUAAUGCUCAAUACAGGGCAGGUGUGUGUAUGAAUUUCUGCAGAUAUUUUUAGAUUGUAUUAUCAGGGCUGUCCCUAGGCAUAUGCGGCUACGUAGGGCACUGGAAAAUGUGGGGCACCACCCUCGCUGGCUGUGGCUGGAAUCCUCUGUUCUCCAGCCCCUUGCCUGUGCUGGGCCAGCAGGCUUCUCCCCACCCCCUCCCUUCCUCCUCAGCUGGCCAGCUGAGGAUCCAGCCUCCAGCUCUGCCGGUGCACCACUGCUCAGAGUGGAGUCCUUCCCUGGACCCUGCCUACCUGCACUGCUUGGUCUCCAGGGGGGGCUGGGUUGGGGCCAGGAUGGGAGGAAUGAAACUUCCACAUGGGGGGGGGCUGGGACUUAGUGACAGUGUGCUCACUGUGUCUCACACUUCCCUAACACACACACAGUCUGGCUCUCAUACCCCCAUACACUCUGCCUCUCACGAGUCAGUCUCUCAAUACAGAUUUUUCUCUUACACACACACAGUCACACACACACGCACACGUAUUAUUGUUAUUACUGCUUGGUACAUCCUGUCAAAAGGCUCGUGGUGAGUGGCUGCAGGAGGGCCAUGGGCUCUGGCAAGAUGCAGCCCCCAUGUGACAGCACGAAGCCUGCCUUGAGCCAUUGCCACAGCAUUUGCUGCGUACAAAGCAUGGUGUGUGUCAGCAAUGGGGGGGGAGGGGUUCUGGGGGUCCGCAGGCAGGGGUUGUGGCUGGGCCACCUCAACACACUGGGGUCAGCGGUGCUGGCUGGGGACCGCCUGCAGUGGAGCAUAGGGGCUCUAGUCUAAUAAUACUGAGUAGGGCCCCAUCAACCCUAAGGAUGGCCCUGUGUAUUAUAUAUGCAGCUGGAGCUUGGACAGGUGCUUCCUAUAAAUCUCAGGUGAGAGGAGCGGCAACGGGGUACUUGUCAGCAUUUUUGUAAUACUUUUAAAAUGAAUGAAAGGGACCAAGCAGCAUUUUUCAUGUGAUUUGUAGGUGUAAUAACCCAACAGAGCAUGACUGAGGAAAUAUAAAGCUUGAAAUAUCUGGUCAAUCAGUUUCUUUAAAGUUCUCAAUUAACAUUUUAGUAAUUUUUUUAUUUCAAAAAUUCUUUGCUACAAUUUUUUAUUCUGUAUAAUUAAAUAUUUUAAUUCA